CCUCCGCUUGGCUUGAAAUGGGAUGAUAUGGGAUUUUUCAUGUCGACGAAGAUCGGAGGGAUUCUUGCGUUUGCCUUGGUAUUCCUGUCCUUGAUGGUGUCAGGAGAAUCAGAUGCAGAUGUGAAGUGUGAGAACAUUUAUAAGGACUUUUCUGAUUGUGUCCUGGAGCUGGGAGAGAGCAUGGACAACUAUCAGGAGAACGUGACCAGCGAGAGGGGAGUGGCAGCCGUGUGCAGCCACUGGGAAGCUUUCCACACAUGUGCCCUCACGGCGUUGUCCGACUGUCAGAAGGAAGUCAGCUCCAUCUGGGAGACUCUGAGGCAGGACUCCAGGAAGAUCCGCUUCCAAGGGAGUCUGUUUGACCUGUGCAGCCCCAGCUCCUCGCCAACCAUAAGUUCACCUCUUGCUGCCCUUUUCCUGCCUCUGAUAGGUGUGCUGAUCAUGGCUGGGCCCGACUGGUACCCUGUAUAGAUGAGGGGAGUGAUGAGGAGGGCCCCUUGGGUUCAGUCCUCCUGAGGUCAAACUUAAAGCCAAGGAUUUAAGAGGGACGGGUGUUUAAAUAAGGAUUAUUUUGACACAGAGCCCCAGAGGUCUGCGGAUAAGCCAAUCAAUAUUUGCUGUGAUGAAUAAUGUUUGAAAUCUCCUCCAGCUUGAUCCUCCCUUACGUCCAGAAACUGAUAGAGUAGUUUAGAACAUUAAAUUUUAGCCAACUCAUCAGUCCAGGCCGACUAUAGCAAGCACUCCAAGAACUCAAGGGAUUUUAAAAACAAUGUACCAGAUCAGUCUGACACCUGUGGCUCUGGUUUACCAUUAUACAAGGAGUGGACACAAUAUCACGAACAUCUGUGCAAUCUAAUGCAAUGAGAGUUUUAUUUAUGAAUCAUGUUCAGUUUUUGUGGAUUCAACUCUGUGGUCAUUUUUUAAGCAGUGCUUAAGGAGUUUUGCUGGUUCUCAUUUUUUUCUAACACUGCGAGGUGUUAAUGCUUUUGUGCCCACUCCCUGUACCACAUAUUAUAUGGCUUUAUCAUGAUAUUUAAAGAAAUGGUUCAACUUUUUGGGAGUUAGCUGAAGAGAUAUAUACCACUCUCAUGUCUGCAUACUAAAAGCUAGUUUAUGCACCCUUUACGUACAGAUUUGUGUUCUUUAUGUUAGUAUAGAUGCAGCUACUAGAAGGCACUAGAGGGCAAAAUCAAAAGUUUUGGACAACCAUAAGCAUGGUGAUGGUGGAGGGGGUUGUGAUAAUAAUGAGACCAUUAAAUACAUCGUGACAUGUGGACGGAAAAUUCUGUUCCCUGUGAUACCGAUGGAUUCCAAUCCGCCACUUUUGAAAUGUCUUUGUUGUCCCCUAUAUGGUCGUAUAUCUGUGAAUUAAGUUAUGAUCUCAGGUGGAUGAUCUUGUUUCAUCCGUAUGCGUAAGAAAAUGCGCAAAAAUAUGAAUGAAAUGAACACAGAGUAUGUUCAGAAGGCUUCAUCUCUUUCUGCUUACGUAUCUAACAUUGAGCAUAAAUGAGCCAUUGACAUGAAGAAACUGCCAGCAGCUAGUUAGCUUAGCUUAACACAUGGCUCCUAUGGCUGCUCCCAGCCAAGAAAUAGUUUGACACAUCACUCCCAAUGAUUGUAUAUAAAAAUGGACUCCCCAAAAGUGAAGCCAAAACAUCUUGAUCACCCCCUGAUGGCUGGCUGCUGUAUAUGUCAUAAGCCCUGCCCAUCUCCAGAUAAGCGGACUGGACA